CUUCCUUAAUAGAUAUAUAGAAUAGGGAUGAUUUUAGUUUAUUAAUAUCUGAUUACUAUAACAGAACUAGUACUAGUAGUAUAUAUACAUAUAAGUGUGCCUCCGAUACAGCCGUGUAAUACUUUUUACUGAUCAAACUGAUAAUAUCUAAAGCUGGGGUAAGUCGAAGACAUAGGGUUGCAAAAAUAAUACAGUUUCUUAGAUAUCAAAUUCAUAUUUUAUAAUAUGUUAUAUAGUAUUUUAACUUUUACAGUAAUAGCAUUUCUAAAGUGGUCAAGCACAGAAUCAAGCCCAGAAGACUUAUCAAGUGCACAUGCUGAAUUUUAUGAACAACUAAAUGUCACAUUUAAUUUGACACAAUUUAGUGAAUGUGUAGGUACAAAUGUUAGUAAUAUAAACAUAUGGGGUACAGGGGGUGAUUUCGUAAUUACUCCAAUAGAAGGUACUACUUUCAAUUCGAUUGAGUGGUCAGCUUGCUUAGAAGAACAAGAUGUAGAAUCCAUAUUCUCCUUUGGUGAUAGCACAUAUACUGAUGGCUUAGAAGCUGCAAAUCAUUUAUUAGAUGCUAGAAAUCAUAUAAAUAGAGACAUUUUUGAAUGGAGUGGAUAUCGUCAUCAUCACCAGAAUGAUUUUUAUACUGAACAACUAAAUUUCACACUUAAUUUAUCACAAUUCAGUGAAUGUUUGGGUACAAAAAUUGCUAAUAUUAACAUAUGGGAAGGAACAGAAGGCAAUUACGUACUAACACCGGGAAAUACAGGUAAUUUUGAUUUAAUAUUAUGGGCCGAUUGUGUUGACGAGCAAGGUGUAGGGGAUGUGUUAUCAGUUAGUGAUGGUACGUAUGUUGAUGAUUUAGUAGACGCUAACGAUCAAGUGAAGGGAGACAUAUUUCAAUGGAGUGGAUUUCGAUCUCAUACAUUAAACCAAAUUGUUGUGAAUGCUGCCCAUACUAAUAAAUAAUGUGAUUAACAGUAAAUGAAGGCUCAUUGGUGAAGCACAGUGUAGACGGAGAGGAUAACCCGA